AUGACGAUUGCUAGCGUCAAACCCGCUGCGACUGGCACGUGCGAUCCGUCGUCACUGUCGGGUUACACGUCGUCGAUCGCACUCGCGAGCGGUCUCCGCCUGCAUUGGGAGGUAACCGCCACGUCGACGAUCCAGCUGGCGGUCGAGGCGACGCGAGCGAGCGGCGCGGGGACGGGGUGGUUCUCUGUGGCGUGGGCGUCGUCGCCCGGCGCGAUGGCGCCGGCAGACGCGGUGAUGUGCAACCUCGCGACGUCGCCGGCUAUUAAAGCGUACAGAAUCACGGGGUACUCGGCGAGCAACGUCGCUGCGACGAGCGCGUUCACCCCGGGGAGCGUUUCGUUAACCGCGGGAACAACGACCACCAUCGCCAAGUUCACCCGGUCAGCAAGCGACGGCUCAUCGGUCGCUGUGGACGUGGCAGGAGUCAACUCGCUCAUCUGGGCCUUCUCCGCCAGUGGCUCUAAGACCGUCGCCUACCACAACAGCCACUAUGGCAUUGCUGACGUGGACUUCUCCUGUGACGCCUCUGCUUCCGCCACCCCUGCGCCCCCUCCCCCCGCCACCCCGCCCCCUCCGCCCACCACCCCCGCCCCUCCCCCUCCGCCGUCCUCUUCUGGAGGAGGCUCCAACUGCCCCGCGUCCACCCUCCCCGGAUAUACCUACCGGACUCAGCUCAAGGGCACCACCCUCCUCCUUCACUGGAAAGCAGCGUCUGCCUCGCAGCUCGAUCUGGCCAUCGAGGCCACAGCCGCCCCCGCCAAGUCCGGCUGGAUCGCCCUCGCAUGGGCCAAGGGCGGCAAGAUGGCACCUUCCGACGCCGUUUUUGGUAACAUGGCGGGCGGCGGAGUGGCAGCGUAUAAGAUCGGUGGAUACUCCAUGGGCUCGAUCCAACGGACAACUGCUUUUGGCAUUGGGACUGCCAACACCACCACCACCACUUCUGGGUCUACGGUGAUCAAGUUCUCCCGAACCCAGGGCACAGGUUCGGCAGCCAAGGUGCAAGUGGCAGGGAGCAACAGCCUGCUCUGGGCCUACUCCCCCUCGGGCUCUAAGAGCCUAGGCUUCCACGGCGGUGCAUAUGGUCGCAUCACCGUUGACUUUUCCUGCAAGACUGGAUCGUCUGGAGGGGGGAGCGGAGGCGGGGGGAAGGGCCAUGAUGACGACGACGAUGAUGAUGAUGAUGAUAACAAGAAGGGUGGCGAUAAAAAGAAGGGUGGUGAUAACAACGGCAAGGGCAAGGGGCGGGGCAAGGGCAAGGGCCGAAGCAAGGGCAAGAACCAGGAGCACUCCCGUGGGGCUUAG